UCCCUAGAGAUCCUGUAUUUUUUAACGCUCUCAGCGGCCGUAGUGAGGGAAAACAUGGCAAGAGUCGCUGCCGCUACUUCGUUUGUCAGAAGCAGAUGUAUCCCGCGUUCUUCAACGUUCAGAAAUGGCAUAAACCCUUCUUGUUCUUCGGAACCCACUUUCAAUCGUUUCACCUCUUCCACUCCAUCAUCUUCCACUCGCUUGUCCAGAGAUAGAGACUCGUUUAUAUCCAGGGGGCUCCCUGUAUUGAGUUGUGUGGGUUCAUUGGUUCCUUUGCAUAGUGUAACCGCCUCGUCUCUACUUGUUUCUAUGCUUUCUGUCAAGUCUCAAAGCUGGGGAUGGCUUUCUGAAGGGUUUGCCACGCCAGUGUAACAUGGCCAGUGGAGCUUGAUGAGAUAGCAGUAGAUAUGGUGUUUACUCUUUCUCCAGUGGCAAAGGCAUCUGUUGCUCUGUCCUGAUACAACAAGAAGCUUGAAUCAGCACAGAUCGGAGGCAUGGUGACCUUAAAGACACAAAAAAAAGUGAGGAAUGCAUAAAUUUUGAAGAAGGCGAAAAAGAAAAAGUGUGAACCAAGGGAAGGGCAUGCCGAGCGGGAACAACAACAUUCAUUCAUAUAUGGCGUGAAGGAACAAAGCGUGGUCACAGGCCAUUCGUAAUGGAGAAACAGAAGCGGAAGCAGUCAUCUUCUCCACCCAUCGUCUUCUUCCUCCUCAUCCUCUCCUCCUCUCUGGUACCAGCUCUUAGCACCACCUCCAUUUCUCCGAACCCGCUUUCUCCAAGAGCUUCCGUCAAAAGAUACUGGCAGAGCCUCCUCCCCAAUUCCCCAAUCCCCCAUUUUUUGCUCGACAAAUCCUCCCCCUUAGACCACCUCCACACUGCAAUCUUCUCCAAUUUCAUCGACAAAAACUCUCUCUCCUCCCACCUCUCAUCCUUCUGCCAAACCGCCCACCUCUUCUGCUUCCCCCGCCAGUCCCUAGCAUCACACGGACGUACCGACAACUUCGAUUUCAAAAAAUACACGGAGCGCAACUUCUCAGACUACGGCACAGGCGCCGUCGGUGGCACUGGCGGCUCCUUCAAGAACUACUCCGACUCGGAAAAUGUCGUUGCUCAGACAUUUGUCCGAUACAGUCGUGACGCCACCGGGCACGGCGAUUCUUUUGCCCACUACUCCCCUGACACUAAUGUGUUCGAUGGGUCUUUCUCUGGCUAUGGAUCCGGUUCGGUGGGUAAGUCGAGCGAGUUCGUGAAUUAUGCCGGCGAUGCAAAUGUGCCGGAGCUCAGGUUCAAUGUUUAUAGCUCGGACUCGACGGGUCGAGAGCAGAGGUUUGCUAGUUACUCUGAUAACGCCAAUGCGGGUGAUCAGGGCUUCAAGAGUUAUGGGAAGAGGGGUAACGGGGUGCCGAGUUCGUUUACGAGUUACGGUAAGGACUCGAAUGUGAUGGGGUCGACUUUCGUGGCGUAUGGCGAGUCUGGGAACGGGGCGAAUGACUCGUUCGUAAGUUAUGCCGAGUCAGGGAAUGUGCCGCAGAAUAAUUUUAGGAGCUACGGCGACUCCGGAAAUGGCGCAAUCGAGUCAUUUAUAAAAUACCGUGACUCGGCCAACGUAGGUGACGAUACGUUCCAAUCCUACGGAAAGGGCUCGAACUCGGGAUCGGCGAGUUUUUCGAACUAUGGAAAAUCGUUCAACGAAGGCAGCGAUUUAUUCAAAGGCUACGGCGAAGGAGCCAACGCCCAGACCGUUAAUUUCAAAGGCUACGCCGGAGACAACACCACCUUCAAAGACUACGUCAAAAAGAGCGCUACCAUCACCUUUUCCCAAUAUACCAAUUCCACCCCCUCGGAAAGCAGUGCCGGCUCCCCACAAACCAGUAAAUGGGCGGUUGAGCCCGGUAAAUUCUUUCGCCAAAAGUUGCUGACGCGCGGCGCGAUCCUGCCGAUGCCCGAUAUCCGGGACUCGAUGCCAAGCCGGUCAUUUCUACCGAGAUCGAUCGCGGAAAAAUUACCCUUCUCAACCGAGUCAUUGCCGAGACUCGCUGCAGUAUUCAGCACGGUCGAAGACUCGGGGAUGGGCAAGGUGUUGAGGAAAACCCUAAAAGAGUGUGAGAGAGAGCCGAGCAAAGGGGAGAGGAGGAAGUGUGUGACCUCAAUUGAGGGAAUGAUGGAUUUUGCGGUAUCUAUUUUGGGAAAGAAAGCGUCAUUGAAGGCGACGGAAUCCGUCAAUGGAUGGGGGAGAGAGGUGGAAUUGGGGGAGGUCAGAGACCUCAACGUGACGGAAGCCGUUUCGUGCCAUCAAAGUUUGUUUCCUUAUUUGGUAUACUACUGCCACGCCGUGCCGGUCGUAAGGGUCUACGAGGCCGAAAUAUUGGAGAAGAGAGAGAAAGUGGGGGAGGGUAGUGAGAGAAAGCUAGGGAAGGUAGUGAAGAGAGAGAAAGUGGGGGAGGGUAGAGAGAGAAAGCUAGGGAAGGUGGUGAAGAGAGAGAAAGUGGGGUUGGGGGAGGGUAGUGAGAGGAAGCUAGGGAACGUGGUGAAGAGAGAGAAAGUGGGGUUGGGGAAGAGAGAGAAAGAGGGAGGAAAGAAGAGAGAGAGGAUAAAUAAGGGGGUGGCAAUAUGUCAUUUGAAUACAAAGGAGUGGGGGCCAAAUCAUGGGGCUUUCAUUGCUUUGGGCCCAGGACCCGGAAAGAUAGAGGUGUGCCAUUGGAUAUUUGAAAAUGAUAUGAUUUGGGUGCCUUCAAAUUAAGGUGGGGUUUUAGGUAUUUGACUAGGUUUCAUCAAUGUGUGUUAUAUGAUCUAAGAGAGAGAGAGAGAGAGAGAGAUAUGAUCUAGAGAGAGAGAGAGAGAUAUAUGAUCUAGAGAGAGAAAGAGAGGAUUGAUGAUCUCUUGGCUUGGAGCAAGGAAAGAUGGAGGGCUUUUCUCUUUUGGGUAAAUAAUAGUGUUUGGUUUAAGAGGAAAGGGUUUGUUUGCUUUUUGGUUUAUCUUUUCCUCAUCACGUAAACACUGUUAUAUCUUCCUUUUUCAUGUAUGUUUCGAGAAGGCUUCUUUUGUGUGCUUUGACAA